AUGAAUAUUUUCAAACGUUUUAUGACAUUUUUAUCGUCUAAACCAAAAAAAUGUAGUAUUCCAGGAUGUACCAAGCCCGCUUAUAUUGAUGAAAACGGCUAUGAAUAUCCAAAUUGUGGUCAAACUUGCGGCAACGUCAUUAUUAAAAAUUCUAAGACACGUAUAUUUUCUAAAUUAGACAAAUUUAUCCCAUCUAUAAAAGUCCUUCUUGAAAAAGACUUAAAUUAUAAAAAAAUUCAAAAUGAAUUUCUUAAAUCUAUGAUUCACAUUAAAAUUAUAGCAAUCAUUCGUAUUAAAACAUCACAAGAAAAACGAACUAAAUUUUCGAAAUUGAAACGUAAAAUAAAAUCUAUCGAGCAAAACUAUAAACGAGUCUCACGUAGAUUAUAUUAUGGAACUCGUGCAAGUUGUGAUCCGAAAAAGGUUUUGAAAAAUAAAAAAGCUUGUUCGGAUUCAAAAUGUGGAAUGUGUAGCAUUAUUAAAUAUGGAACAAAAGCCAAACUUUUACGUCGUGGAAAAAUGAUGUUUACUCGCAGAUCAUCAAUUGCGGCAACUUUUGCAUACAAUCAAAAGAUUCCACGUGAACGUCCAGGUACUAUAUUUAUCGUUGAUGUUUUAACUACUAACAAUACAUCGUCCGAUAUUAUAAUCGUUGAACGAGACGCG